AUGGAUCUGCCCUAUUACCACGGCCCUCUGUCCAAGAGAGACUGUGAGACCCUGCUGCUGGAGGACGGGAUAGACGGCAACUUCCUGAUAAGGGACAGCGAGUCCAUGCCUGGAGUUCUGUGCCUCUGUGUCUCGUUUAAAAAUUUCGUCUACACAUACCGAAUCUUCAAAGAGAGACAUGGGUUUUACAAUAUACAGACCGUAGAAGGUGCUCCCAAACAGAUCUUCUCAAACCUAAAGGAAUUGAUCUCCACAUUUGAGAAACCAAAUCAAGGGCUGGUGGUUCACCUUGGACAUCCGAUAAAGCAAGCCAGCUUCUGCCCGAGACGGAGACGAUCACAGAUAAAGCUGGAUGGUGUUUACGAGAACAGUAACAGCGACUAUGUGGAGGUCUUGCCUUGA